UUUUUUUUUGUUGAAUUUUUUUAUUAACAAUUUACUAUCUCAAAAUGCCAAGUGUUAGUAGUGUGUUAGUUUUUUUUUCUUUAUUAGACGUUGUCUUGCUACAAAGAACAGGAUCCGGAACGAAUGGGAACUUGCGUCUGUGCGUUGUCGAAGGCCGCGGCUCGUACAAACGGGCCCCCAAGUUCUGUCCCGUGCUGGACGCCGAGGAUUCGGGGGCGGAGUGCGUCAUUGGAACCGACAGGCUGGACUGUCUCCGCCGCAUCCACAAGGGGACCGUUGACUUCGGCGUCUUCAGCCCCGAGGAUCUGGUCGCAGCGCAAUGGGCCAACGUUGACGUUCUGGUCACCAACGAACUACGGAUGAGAGCCAGACCCUUCGAACGCAGCGUCGUGGCGGUAGUGAACAGAAAGAUCCUGCCGGAUAGUUCCACUUCGGUCCACGCGGUGCUCCGGAAUACAACGCUAUGCCAUCCGGGAGUCGGGGUCGAUGACAUCCGGCCCCUAAGCGACACCCUGUCCGGGUAUUUAGAAUCUCUAGUAUUGGAGAGAUCUUGCGAUCCGGAUCUGUCGCUGACCGAGAACAGAGUGAAGUCGUUGUCCGAAUACUUCGGGAAGGCCUGCAAGGCGGGGGCGUGGCUACCAGACAGCACCAGAGACGCUGAACUUAAGCGUAAAUAUUCGUCAAUGUGCGCGGCCUGCGGUAACCCAUCCAAGUGUAGCGCUUCGGACGUGUACUGGGGUAACAGCGGCGCUCUCGCGUGCCUCGGGAACGGAGCCGGUGACGUCACUUGGGCGGAACUGGACGAUGUUAACUCGUAUUUUGCGCUCACACCCUCGACAAACCCACCCAGUUCUGCAGCUGAUCAGUUCGCGUAUCUCUGCCGAGACGGUACCUGGCAGGACCUCAAUAACAAUCCUGAGCCUUGCGUCUGGCUGCACAGACCUUGGCCAGUAAUUGUCGCUAAAAAGAAGGCCGCAGAAGCAGUAGCAAGCUUAGACAGAAUCUUAACGAACACCAGCAUCACGGUGGACCAGCAUUGGCGCGGGGCCCUGGCCGCUCUGAUGGAGAUCCACCAAGCUCAGCCCGAGAAGCUUCAACCUCCUAAAGCUCCUUUGGAUUAUUUGGCCAGAGCCAAGGGCUUUAGAGAGGCGUAUAGUCAAACCGGAUGUGAUCCUCCCAGGUUCAUUACUCUAUGCACUACAUCAUUUCUGGCGAAGGCGAAAUGCGAGUGGCUUAGCGAAGCCGGAGCUGUCUACGGUAUAGCCCCACCUCUUCAGUGCGUAGUUAGAAAAGACAUGCAAGAGUGUAUGAAGUCGGUCAGCACUGGGGAGUCUGACGUCACAGUUGGGAACAGCGACUGGCUUGUCAAAGGGAAAAGAGAUUUGUCUAUAGCGCCGGUGCUGCACGAAGCGACACCUAUCGUCGAGAAAACGAGCACAGUUGUGGCUUACGUCAGAAAGGAUUCAGAAAUAAGCAGUAUGGUGGACUUGCGCGGUAAGAAGGCGGCGUUCCCUCGCCACGAUGGCGCCGCCUGGCAUUCCGUACUGCGCUACAUUACUGAAAAUCAAAAGAUCACCUGCAGCGAUCUCGUCGGAGAGUAUUUCGAAGAGAUCUGCGCUCCGGGUGUCGGGGAUCAGAAUCCCGGUGGCAAAUUAAAGGAUUGCUACGAAGAAGGGGAGAUGGAUCCCCUCCGCUACCUCGCUGAAGGCAAAACUGAUGUUGCUUUCGUCAGUAUUAAUAGUUUCAAUUUGUUCAAAGGAAUGCCAAGUAUGGACGCUUCCAACAUCAGACCGUUGUGUCCGGACGAAAACCAAAUGUACUGCUUCAUAAGUUGGUCCAACGUUGGCCACGUGUUCGCCGCCAAUAACGUAACUGACAGCCGAAGGCACGAGAUCGUAAACGUAAUGACGAAACUGGACCAACUGUUCGGCAAGCAUCCCCCAUUCCACAACCCGAUGUUCUCAAUGUACGGCGCCUUCAAUCACGAGAUGGACGUUAUAUUCCACAAUAACACGAAAACGUUGGCCACGGACGCCAUGUUGGCAACGCAUCCAUAUGAUAAAAUACCAUUGAAUUUUGAGCGGGAGAUCUCGAAGAUGACCGAUUUCGUUUGCGCUUACGGCGUCAAUAUGACACCUUCUCUGUUUUUAUUAAUAAGUCUAGUCGUUUUUGUGAUUUUAAGAUAAUAAUAAUAAAAAUAAGAUUAUAUUAUUUAAGUAAACCUUUUUUGAACUUAGAAGGGC